AUGGUCUCUCUAGCACUGACGUUCGGACAAGAGGUGGAACUGGUCUGGGUGAGCAGAAUCCUGCAUCAGAAGAACAACGUCGAAAACAGUCAAUUCGCCGCAGAGGCGACACUGGUCCCUCAUGAACGUCUUGUAUCUCAGCCUGCGCUAUCUUGGAAUAUUAUAUGCUGUGUAUGUUUGGAAGGCUAAACACCCGACGCCGCGCUAAUCAGUCACCUCCCAUAAUUAGCUUCACCAUUCUGGGAAGUGUUCCGACAAUCCCGCUGACUGAUGUAGUGAGCCUUAUUGUAUACCUCAUAUGGAAUAGCACGAGUGUCAUCGCAUUUGCAAUACUGGGCGUCAUCAUGAUCGCUCGAAUAAAUGCCAUGUAUCAGCGAUCCAGGAAGGUGCUGGUAUUUCUUGUUGUCACCUUCCUGGCUGUCAACAUCGUUAAUGACGUGACGAGCGCAAUAACAAUGAGGGAUACGUCAGGGGAGGAGCUAAUUCUCUCCAACACCUAUCAGUGCACUACCUCCUCAGAGGGGGAUGUCCCACUCCUGAGUUCGAUAAAUUGGAUUCUCGCCACUGUAUGGGAGAUCCUCGCACUGUGUCUUGCAGUCUGGAUUGCCGUAAAACACUUGCGCGAACUGCGAGGACAAUCGGCAGGAGGGAUUAUCGGGGACUGUUUCACAGAGUUGAUUAAAACUCACGUGAUUUACUUUGCGAGCGUUGUUGCUGUUUCUUGCCUCGAGCUCGUCUAUUUCUUUUCACCGAUCUUAGCGGACCCAUAUUCCCUGACAACUCUGAUUUAUGGUUGUAUUUGUGGAUUUUUUCGGAUUGUGCAGAUGUUUGUACUGGGACCACGCCUCAUCCUUAGCAUUCGAGAAUAUAACGCUAAGCAGGUGGCCGACGCCGAUGCAGGAACUGCCAUGACUUCGAUCGCUUUCCAAGCGGGCGUGCAGGCGUCAAAUAGCAGCAGUGUGUAGCACAGGAGGUGCUUGAUGUGAUUAACAGUUGCUGGGGACGCUGCAUGGAGCGAGAGAAUGUGUUUUAUGUUUCAAGUUUCGUCGUGGUACUUAUUUAAGUUAUUUCGUGUUCCGAGGUAGAUUUGAGACAUAGGUCUGGAUAAAUUAACCAAUCAUCUUGUUGGGCACUGUAGCUAGCUUCCCGCCC